GUCUCAGUGCCGUACCCUCGGUCCCCGGCCGUGCGGAGCCGGGAUGCACUGCUCCUGCUGUGGGUCCUCAUCAUGGAGACCAAACGGGUGGAGAUUCCCGGCAGCGUCCUGGACGAUCUCUGCAGCCGAUUUAUUUUGCAUAUUCCCAGUGAGGAAAGAGACAAUGCUAUCCGAGUGUGUUUUCAGAUUGAACUUGCCCAUUGGUUUUACUUGGAUUUCUACAUGCAGAACACACCAGGAUUACCUCAGUGUGGGAUAAGAGACUUUGCUAAAGCUGUCUUCAGUCAUUGUCCAUUUUUGCUGCCUCAAGGUGAAGAUGUGGAAAAAAUUUUGGAUGAAUGGAAGGAAUAUAAAAUGGGAGUGCCAACAUAUGGUGCAAUUAUUCUUGAUGAGACACUUGAAAAUGUACUACUGGUUCAGGGGUACCUAGCAAAAUCAGGCUGGGGAUUUCCAAAAGGAAAAGUAAAUAAAGAAGAAGCUCCUCAUGACUGUGCUGCUAGAGAGGUCUUUGAAGAAACUGGUUUUGAUAUUAAAGAUUAUAUUUGUAAGGAUGAUUACAUUGAACUUCGAAUCAAUGACCAGCUUGCUCGUUUGUACAUCAUUCCAGGAAUUCCAAAGGAUACCAAAUUUAACCCGAAAACCAGAAGAGAAAUUCGGAACAUUGAGUGGUUCUCCAUUGAGAAAUUGCCCUGUCAUAGAAAUGAUAUGACCCCAAAAUCCAAACUUGGUUUGGCACCGAACAAAUUUUUUAUGGCCAUUCCUUUUAUCAGACCGUUAAGGGACUGGCUUUCUCGAAGAUUUGGCGAUUCCUCAGAUAGUGACAAUGGAUUUUCCUCAGCUGGUAGCACACCAGCUAAACCCACUGUGGAAAAAUUGAGUCGAACCAAAUUCCGCCACAGUCAGCAAUUAUUUCCUGAAGGUUCUCCUGGUGACCAGUGGGUAAAGCACAGGCAACCACUGCAACAAAAACCAUAUAAUAAUAAUCAUUCUGAAAUGUCUGACCUUUUAAAAGCAAAGAAUCAAAGUAUGAGGGGAAAUGGCAGAAAACAGUAUCAAGAUUCACCUAAUCAAAAGAAGAGAACAAAUGGGGUCCACAGCCAGCCAGCCAAGCAGCAGAAUCCCUUGAUGAAAUGAAAAAAACUUCAUCCACGAAAACUUCAGGAUACUUUUGAGACAGAUGCUGUAUAUGACUUACCUUGCUCCAGUGAAGACCAGUUGCUAGAACAUGCCACGGGCCAGUCUGUAGCAUGUAAUGGACAUUGCAAGUUCCCCUUUUCAUCCCGAGCCUUUUUGAGUUUCAAGUUUGACCAUAAUGCUGUAAUGAAAAUCUUGGACCUUUGAUAGCAACAUGUGUGUUGUGUAAGUCCCAAGAUCAGAGACUUGCUGCAUUUGA